AUGAUUUCCGCACCUUUUGCUACGAGGCCGCCAUGUGCCAGUCGAACCACCGUUGCACCCAAGUGGCAUGUUCCACAUAGGGAGAGGUUUGGAAUGGUGCCGCAGGUUGGUGCAAUUACCGGUUUUGGCAUCACCUUUUGGGGAAGUGCAAGGUUUUCUCGAAAACGCGCAAAAAAGUGUGGCCAAUGUGCAGGUGCUACAAACACUGGUUUUUUUGUUGAAUGGGCCAAAUGGUUCGAGGAGGAUAUUGUGGAAAAAAUGGACCUGCAUGAAGAGUUGCCAGCACCCACCUUUGCGCAGAGGACCACUGCAAAUCCGUUUGCGACUGUUGAAGAGGCAUCAAUCACCUCGCGGGUCUGGAUCGCGAAGGGAGGCGGACCUAUUCGCCGGGCUCGAUCUGUGAUUGUGAAUGCCGGGAUAAAAGUUCAGGCAUACAAUGUGGUUGUUUACCCUUCUUACGAUCGAGGACUUCAACCGGCUAUUGGAAUAGAUUUGUUGUCCUUCAGUUCACACAAGCAGUUGCUCUUUGGCGUGGACUGGGCUCCGAUGCUUCCUGGAGAUGAGUAUGCAGAGGCCAAGAUCGCACCAUUUCUGUCAUCGCUUCUGGACGAGUUUGACCACUUGAGGAUGACCCCAAGUGGUAAGGUCUAUGGUGAAGAUCCCGAGUUUUUCUCCCCUUACAUGUUUUUCAGCCGGCCCAGGGACAAAGAGGCCCUGCAGCCUGGCUCUGAACUGUGGAAAGUUUCAUCACAGUGA